GUAGGCAUGGAUUUGGCUGGGCUCUAAUGUUCUUGAGUCCUUUGGUCCUUUGAGAGCAUGUCACAAUCUGCCCUGCCCAUUGGUGCCUAGGAAAAGCUCCUCUAGCGGAACUUUUUUUUUUUCUUCUUAUAUUCUAUCAUCAUAGUAGCAGUUAGUCUCAGUAUUCUAAUGACAUAGUCUAGGCAGUAUUUUCAUGAAAUGAUUCUGUUGGUUGUUGUUAGAGAGUUGGUGAGGAUGAAUGGUGGUGAAGAUUGUAAAAGGAAUUGCUUACUGUUUGAUGCAGUAGGAGAAAACAUGAAGGAACUAAAGGAACCCAGACAGCGCAAAGAUAAUAGGCGCCCAGAUUUGGAAAUCUAUAAGCCUGGACUUUCUCGACUAAGGAAUAGACCUAAAACUAAGGAGGCUUCUGGGAAUGAGGAAUUUAAGGAUGAGAUAGUAAAUGACAGAGAUUCUUCUGCUAUUGGGAAUGAUACACAGCUUAUUCAAGUUUGCAAGGAAUCGGACAGCCAACAGCAAAAUGGCCCUAUAGAUGCAGAAAAUAGUCAGGCACAGGAAACGUUUUCAAAGACUGUUGGACUAGAGGACCGAAGUUUAAAAAUCAUCAAAAGAAGCAAGAAACCAGACCUGCAGAUCUACCAGCCUGGAAGGCGGUUGCAGACUGUUACCAAAGAGUCAGCAGGCAGGGCAGAUGAAGAAGAGAUCCUCAACCAAGUGGAGCAGUUGAGGAUAGAGGAGGAUGAGUAUAAGGGAGAAGCUAUAAAAGAAGAAGUUAAUAACAAACCGGAUAAAACCGAGAUAGAAAAGCACCAAAGUAAUGACCGUGUAAGAACUGCCAAGGGAGAAAAGGGAAAAAAGAUUGAAAAGGGGGAGGGGUCAAAGAAGAUGACUGAUGACUCUGUCCCAGGAAAGCCUGGCUCUGUAAAGAGGUACUCGAGAUCAGACAAGAGAAGGAAUCGCUACCGUACUUGCAGUACCAGCUCAGCUGGUAGCAACAAUAGUGCGGAGGGAGCUGGCCUGACCGAUAAUGGAUGUCGCCGGCGGCGCCAGGAUCGGGCCAAGGAGAGGCCACGACUGAAGAAGCAGGUAUCUCUGUCCUCAACUGAUUCCUUAGAUGAGGACAGAGUUGAUGAGCCUGAUGUCCUAGGGUCCAGGAGGAGCUCAGAAAGGAAGAAGCAUUUAGAAAGAAAUUGGUCUGGCCGCGGUGAGGGUGAACAGAAAAGCAAUGGUAAAGAAAACCGAAGUGCCCUUCGUGUCACUUUUGAUGCAGAAACCAUGAGUAAAGACUCCCCUGUGGUGAGGUCAGUCAGAGAUAAUGUGGAUAGAAUGAAGUCUGACAAAGGCCCAAGCAGUGGGGGUAAGGGCUCUGAGAAGCAGGAGCUCAGACACCCGAAACAAGAACUUCGAGAUCGUGGUCGUGGUAUUCUGAUUCUGCCUGCCCACACUGCCCUAUCUGUCAGUUCAUCAGGUUCUCCAGAGUCUACACCUUUGGGACCUCGACUUUUAUUUGGAUCUGGUAGUAAGGGAUCUCGGAGUUGGGGCCGUGGAGGCACGACCCGCCGACUAUGGGACCCAAACAAUCCUGACCAGAAGCCUGCCCUAAAAAGCCAGACACCUCAGCUACAUUUCUUGGACACUGAUGAUGAAAUUAGCCCUACAUCUUGGGGUGAUUCACGUCAGGCCCAAGCAUCUUACUAUAAAUUUCAAAACUCUGAUAACCCCUAUUAUUACCCUCGGACACCAGGCCCUGCCUCUCAGUAUCCCUAUACAGGCUAUAGCCCUCUGCAGUACCCAGUAGGCCCUACAAAUGGUAUGUAUCCAGGGCCUUACUACCCGGGCUAUCCUGCCCCCUCAGGACAAUAUGUGUGUAGCCCUCUCCCUGCUAGCACCAUGAGUCCUGAGGAAAUAGAACAGCACGUGCGGAACAUGCAGCAACAGGAGCUCCAUAGGCUUCUUCGAGUGGCUGACAACCAGGAACUGCAGCUCAGCAACCUGCUUUCCAGGGACCGCAUCAGCACUGAGGGCAUGGAGAAGAUGGCUCAGCUCAGAACUGAACUACUGCAGCUGUACGAGCGCUGUAUUCUAUUAGAUAUUGAAUUCUCCGACAAUCAGAAUGUAGAUCAGAUCCUGUGGAAGAACGCUUUCUAUCAGGUGAUUGAGAAGUUUAGGCAGCUUCUCAAGGAUCCAAAUAGUGAGAACCCAGAACAGAUUCGGAACAGACUCUUGGAGCUCUUAGAUGAGGGCAGUGACUUCUUUGAUAGUUUACUUCAGAAACUACAAGUUACUUACAAGUUCAAACUGGAGGACUACAUGGACGGGCUUGCCAUUCGAAGCAAGCCUUUACGAAAAACAGUGAAAUAUGCCUUGAUCAGUGCUCAACGAAGUAUGAUUUGUCAAGGAGAUAUCUCUAGGUAUCGGGAGCAAGCCAACGAUACAGCAAACUAUGGGAAGGCUCGCAGUUGGUAUCUGAAGGCUCAGCACAUUGCUCCCAAGAACGGGCGCCCCUAUAACCAGUUGGCUCUACUGGCAGUGUAUACGAGGAGGAAGCUUGAUGCUGUAUAUUACUAUAUGCGCAGUUUGGCAGCCAGCAACCCUAUCCUGACUGCCAAGGAGAGUCUCAUGAGUUUAUUUGAAGAGACUAAACGAAAGGCUGAACAGAUGGAAAAGAAGCAGCAUGAGGAAUUUGAGAUUAGCCCUGAGAAGUGGCAAAAAGGAAAGAAGUCUACUUUCCGGCAUGUUGGGGAUGACACUACUCGCCUGGAGAUUUGGAUUCAUCCAUCACAUCCUCGGUCCGCCCAGGGCACUGAGUCUGGGAAGGAUUCUGAGCAGGAGAAUGGUCUGGGCAGCCUGAGUCCCAGUGAUCUGAACAAAAGGUUCAUCCUCAGUUUUCUCCAUGCCCAUGGGAAGCUGUUUACCCGGAUUGGGAUGGAGACAUUCCCUGCAGUGGCUGAGAAGGUCCUUAAGGAGUUCCAAGUAUUGCUGCAGCAUAGCCCAUCUCCUAUUGGAAGUACCCGUAUGCUGCAGCUUAUGACCAUCAACAUGUUUGCCGUGCAUAACUCCCAGUUGAAAGACUGCUUCUCAGAGGAGUGUCGUUCUGUGAUCCAGGAACAAGCUGCAUGCUUGGGCUUGGCUAUGUUUUCUCUACUGGUCCAGCGCUGCACAUGUCUACUUAAGGACUCUGCUAAAGCUCAGCUGUCCUCUCCUGAGGACCAAGAGGACCAAGAUGACAUCAAGGUAUCUUCCUUCGUCCCGGACCUGAAGGAGCUGCUCCCCAGUGUGAAAGUCUGGUCAGAUUGGAUGCUUGGCUACCCAGACACCUGGAAUCCUCCACCCACAUCUUUGGAUCUGCCCUUGCAGGUUGCUGUGGAUGUCUGGUCAACACUAGCUGAUUUCUGUAACAUACUGACUGCAGUGAAUCAGUCUGAGGUGCCACUGUACAAGGACCCGGAUGAUGACCUCACCCUGCUUAUCCUGGAAGAGGAUCGGCUUCUCUCUGGCUUUGUCCCCUUGCUGGCUGCCCCUCAGGACCCCUGCUACGUGGAGAAAACCUCGGAUAAGGUUAUUGCAGCUGACUGCAAAAGGGUCACAGUGCUGAAGUAUUUUCUGGAAGCCCUUUGUGGACAAGAAGAGCCUCUGCUGGCAUUCAAGGGUGGAAAAUAUGUGUCAGUGGCACCCGUCCCAGACACCAUGGGAAAGGAAAUGGGAAGCCAAGAGGGAAAACAACUGGAAGAUGAGGAAGAAGAUGUGGUGAUUGAAGACUUUGAGGAAGAUUCAGAGGCUGAAGGCAGUGGGGGUGAGGAUGACAUCAGGGAACUUCGGGCCAAGAAGCUGGCUCUAGCAAGGAAGAUAGCUGAGCAGCAGCGUCGCCAGGAAAAGAUCCAGGCUGUUUUGGAAGACCAGAGUCAGAUGAGGCAGAUGGAGCUGGAGAUCAGACCCUUGUUCCUCGUACCAGAUACCAACGGCUUCAUUGACCACCUGGCCAGUCUGGCUCGGCUGCUGGAGAGCAGGAAGUACAUCCUGGUGGUGCCCCUCAUCGUGAUCAAUGAGCUGGAUGGCCUCGCCAAAGGGCAGGAGACAGACCACCGGGCUGGGGGCUAUGCCCGUGUGGUGCAAGAAAAGGCCCGAAAAUCCAUUGAGUUCCUCGAACGGAGAUUUGAGAGUCGGGACUCCUGCCUGCGGGCCUUGACCAGCCGCGGCAAUGAACUCGAAUCUAUCGCCUUCCGAAGUGAGGACAUUACUGGACAGCUGGGUAACAACGAUGACUUGAUCCUCUCUUGCUGCCUGCACUACUGCAAAGACAAGGCUAAGGAUUACAUGCCCACCAGCAAAGAGGAGCCAAUCCGCCUGUUACGGGAGGUGGUGUUGCUGACCGAUGAUCGGAACCUUCGUGUAAAGGCACUGACAAGGAAUGUGCCUGUGAGGGACAUCCCAGCCUUCCUUACGUGGGCCCAGGUGGGCUGAGGGGACCACACUGGGGCCCACCCCCAUGGAACCAUUCCUGAGAGGCCACCAGGCGCCCAGUGUAACACGGAAGAUGUCCACGCGCCUGAGCUACCAAUCCACCCAGACAAUAAACCAUCCUCUUCCAACCUCACGCCGUGGCCGUGCUGUGGGGGAGCCGCUCCUCACAGAGCCCUCCCAAGGGUCAGGCGGAAGCUGCUGGGACCCUCCUGGGCUGCCAAGAUUUAGCAGGGAGGUGACUGGCUACAGUGACAACAGGUGGACAAGCCGAAUAGGCCACCAAGCUCCCACCCUUUUUCCCUCUGUCUGGUCCCAGGGCUGGAAGGAGGCCUACUCACCCGGAGGACCCAGCCACUCUGUAGUGGUAAGGGGCAGAGAUUCUAAAGUUUCCAUCAGAUGCAAGGAAACUGAUCAACCCCUCAGUCUGCAGUCUCUGUCCUGAAUGUCUGAGAGGCUUUGGCUGUCAAGAAGAGUGCCCAGGUGUCUCCAUCUCCCUGAGGCCUAGAUGCCCUAUGGACCCAUGCUGACUUCUGUCUAUAACAGCAACAGCAGCCCCAGCCCUUCAACGCACACGCACGCCCUCACGCACGCACUCACACAGCACAUGUGCACAUGCUUCUCUUCCUGUCCACAUCUUGCACUUUGCCCUUGUUUUCCUUUUGGGCAGUCAUGGGCCUAAGGGAAGGGCCAUGUGGUCUUGGGCCCGUGCGUCCAGAGUGGCCCUCCACCAGCACAUGUUCCCAUCCUUGGCCUUCCUUUCACUGCAGUACCCUCUUGGGGAAAUUUCCUCAGACUCUUCUUUGCCUGCCUUCCCUUUCUAGUUGGCCCCUUUCAUCACCCCAACCCUAAACUUCCUCACCUCGGCUCCUCGUGGGACUUCUCGUUCUGAAUCUUACCCUACCACCUGUGACAGGAACCAAAUAAAGCCUUCCCAGCUGUCCUUCCUUCCCAACCCCUCACACCUCUGAGAAGCCUCCAAGCUGGGGGAGCUGAACCCCAAGGUAGAGGUGCCGGGUGUUGAGCCCGUUUCUGGCUUUGUCACUGUACGUCUUUACCCAGAAGAGGGGACAUGGGACCCUUUAGCCUUUGAGGGUUUUGGUUCUUUUAGGUUUUUUGUUUUUGUUUUUUUGCUGCCUCUCUGUUUACAACCUCACUUGGAGGCUCCCUACCAGGAAUGAAUUCCUUCAGUCUAGCACAGAGGUAGAGAAGGAUUGAGAAGGCUGUCUCAGGCUAAGCAGGGGUGACUCUUGAUAGGAUCACACACAACCCACCUUAGGAGGAGCAGUGCUUCACCAAGGGUGCUCUGCCCUUCUCAGGCCCAGGAGAGGGCUGUGCAGGAGAGCCCAGGACAGUGCCCAGGACUCAGCUCAGAAGCUCUCUUGAUUGUAAGGCCCAGGCAGGCUACUUCCUUUGAGGUCCCCUCCUCUGGCUGUGAGGGUCAUUGGCUGGGGAUGGGGGGAUUGGAAAUGGGAAGAAUACCUUUCUUCUCUCUGUCCCAUUUGGAACCCCGGUUUUGUUUCCUUAAUAAAUUUUUAGUUAUGAAAUAUAAUUGACCUCUGCUGGUC